CCAUUGGGAUGGGAGAGAGAGAAGGGCAUAGUGGGUGAAGGAAGUUGUCUGUAAGUGUGGUGUAGUCAGCAUCUUCAUUAGUCGCGUCUGCUACUUCUGUCAGGCCUUCCCGAUGUGUGAAGAGGCUGGCCCCAUGUUUCAGAUUGACUGAGUUUACUUCUAAUGUGAACCAUCUGCGUUUAGGUCUUAUAUAAUCAGAGAUGACUAACUCAUGGCGCAGGCAGAAGUAAUAAUAUCCCACUUCUGACACCAAAAACUUGGACAAGGUAGUCGUCCAUGCUGCCACCAGUUGUUUGAGGGAGGGGAGGAAGGCAGGCUGGGAGGACAGAUACUAUCUCAAGUGUGGAGUGAGGAUUUCCCUAACUAGCUCCAGCAUACCACUGUACUUGGAUAAGUUUCACGUCUGGAUAAUAUCACAAGUGGUCUGCUGUAGUUUAAUGCACAAUUGCACGAGCAGGAAGGAAAAAAACUAUCAAUCGACACACAGAUCCAUACUGGAUUAGGAGUAAUAUUUACAGCUUGCGACUUCUGUGUUUAUAUACAGUCUGGAAGAACCUGCUGAUGAUGUGCUGUGUCAAUUGAACAUUUCUGGUAGGCGGAAUUGUCCUCUGGGGCGCACUGACGUGCAGGAAGACAGAAUCACACAAGUGGGAUAUGUCCUAUCGUAUACUGGGUGAAACUUAAGGAUUGUAUGUAUUGUAUGUAUAACCCUACUUCCUCUCAGAGAAGCGGAGUUGUUUGACAGACAAUAUCUCCGGUCAUGACCAUUGCCGGUGUUACUCAUCGCACUGUUCUGCCCUGAGUCGUGUAUCUACCAUGCUGAUGAGUGGUGCUUGAUAACACGGUUCCUUCAUCCUCACACAGUACUACACCUACACCACAGCAAUGGCUGCCUUCCCGCCGUCUGCUCGUGCUCCUGGCAUUAGACUUGUUUCGGAUAACCCCUUUCUUUCGGGAUUCACUCCAGAGAGGAUGUACUGCAGUCCUGUCAACAUGCCCGCUGACAAGAACUUGGGUUCCUGGCACAGGAUUGCAAGAUGGAGUCGCUUGUGGAGAUUUAUACAUGAAGGGGAAUGCGACACAUGCACAGAGAUAGUGCUCGACCCUGACCUUGAUCCAAGCUCUGACCUUGACCCACGGGUCAAAAAGUUCCUAAUGGACAGGUCAAUACUCAAAGUCCAUCUUCCUAAUGGGGGAUUUAACAUGGUGAAAUAUGGCGAUGCCACAGACAUCAAGGACAUCAUUCGGUUGGUGGUUGGUCGUCUAGCGGCGGGGGACCGUUACUUCUCCAAAUGUUUUGCGGUGAAGCUGGUUCAUACCCAGAGCCGGGAGAACUACUGGCUCCACAACGACCUGACCAUGUAUCAGGUGCGGCAGAAGUACGAGGCCAGGCACUUACCAGAAGAGUGGAGAUAUGAACUCCGAGUGAGGUACUUACCCAAAAAUAUCCCAGAGCUGUAUUCCAAAGACAAAGUGACAUUCUACUACCUCUAUGAUCAGGUUCGGAAUGACUACAUGCGUGAUAUAGCCGAACACAUUGCACAUGAAGUUGCCAUCAGGCUUGGAUGUAUAGAAAUGAGGCGGUUUUUCAAAGACAUGCCUCAAGUAGCUUUAGAUAAAAAGUCCAACUUUGAAUACUUAGAGAAAGAAGUUGGGCUCAAAAGAUUCUUACCUCGAACUGUGAUGGAUUCAAUGAAACCGAAGGCCUUGCGCAAAGUUAUUCAGCAUCACUUCCGCCAGUAUGCUCAGCUGACGGAGUCGGAGUGUGUAUAUAAGUUCUUCGAUACUCUCAUCACCGUCAUUAAGUUCAAUCAGGAACGAUUCAAGUGCGCCUUAGGGUCUGGGUGGAGCAUCUAUGUUGAUAUUGUCAUUGGCCCAGAUGUUGGAAUCAGUUAUCUUACAGAAAAAGCCUCUUCGCCAACCCACAUGGCCGACUUUGCCCAGGUCCAGUCCAUACAGACAGUUGGCAGUGAGGACGGCAAGGGCAUCCUACAGCUGAAGAUAGCUGGUGCUAAUGAACCUCUCAUGAUCACGUGUGCGAUGUUGCAAGAUGCUGAGGAUGUAGCGGACCUGAUUGACGGGUACUGUCGCCUUGUACAUGACAUGAACGACUCUCUCUGGACCAGGAAAGCUACUGAAGAUCUACCUUCAUUUACUAAAAUAGCCUACCUCAGUUGGAACUCAUACGAUUCAGAUGACGAAGGGGAGGCAACUUGUAGUGAAGGCGAGACCAUUCCUAGGACGCCUCGAUCAAGUUUCCAGCGGCCAGGCAUCACUGGAAGGCACGAAGAACCAGUUAGUCCCAAUGAACGGAUAUCCGACUAUGCCGAGAUUGUGGAGGAAGACGGCGACUAUAGCACGCCUGAUGGUGCUCACAACUCGAGAGGUAGCAAGCGAAAGAAAACCCGUGACUAUGAGAUCAUCCGGGACGCCAUCAAGCUGGUGGAGAUCCUGGGAGAAGGACAGUUCGGAGAUGUGUACAAGGGAAACUAUAUUGACAGGGAAGGAAGCCAGGUGCCGGUGGCUGUCAAGACUUGUAAGGAGGACAACGAGGAAGCCAUGACAGAGAAGUUCCUAGAGGAAGCCUACAUCAUGCAGCAGUUUGACCAUCCCCACAUCGUGAAGCUGAUCGGCAUCUGUUCCGAGUCCCGGCCGGUGUGGAUUGUCAUGGAGCUGGCAAGGCAUGGAGAGAUGCGAGCUUACCUCCAGAACAACAAGCCUCGUCUCGACCUGGUGAGCCUCAUCAUGUAUGCCUACCAGCUCUCAACAGCACUUUCCUAUCUGGAGAGCAAGAAGUUCGUUCACAGAGACAUCGCGGCCAGGAACGUGUUGGUGUCAGGGCAUGACUGUGUCAAGCUGGGAGAUUUUGGUCUUUCAAGAUGGGUAGAGGAACAAAGUUAUUAUAAAGCUUCCAAAGGUAAACUUCCAAUCAAGUGGAUGGCUCCUGAAUCCAUAAACUUCCGCAGGUUCACGACAGCCAGUGAUGUGUGGAUGUUUGGUGUGUGUAUCUGGGAGAUCCUCAUGUAUGGUGUGAAGCCCUUCCAGGGAGUGAAGAACAACGAUGUGAUCGGGAAGAUUGAGGCGGGGGAACGACUGCCCCUCCCGGCUGGAUGUCCUCCCUCACUCUACAACCUCAUGUGUGUCUGCUGGCAGUACGAACCUUCCAAACGUCCGUCCUUCGCCGACCUCAAGACAUGGUUGUAUGAGAUCCUUGAGGAGGAGAGGAACAGACAGGAGCAGGAGAUGCACCGGGACAACAGGAGGGUCCAGGCAAUAUCAUGGGUUUCCAAUGGUUCAGAUGAUGAGCCACCCCCACCUAAGCCUGCCCGGCCACUCUACCCGGGCUCCACUUCCAACCUCAGCUUCAAUUCCAGUGUGUCGUCCCUCCCUCACCAAUGGAACUCGACCUCCAACCUCCCGAAGGGCCACAGCACCCCAGCAGCAGGGCCUUCCCCCGACAUGGCAGCCAUCAAAUCAAUGGGACGGCCGGACCCAGGCUCACCCCAUGUGAACACCUUACAUGGAUACUUCCCAUCUUCCACAGGGUACAUGCAGGUGUCUGCUCCUGGUACUACCAACUUCACCACAGGUUUCACCCCCAAGGCACAAAUGGAUCCUUCCUACCCACCCUACCCCAGUCACAACCACAAUCAACACUCCCAGGACCUCAUCUCUUCAGGGCAUUACCAGGCCCCCUCCCCCCGAGACUCCCUCGUCCUGGGGAGGAUCUCCCCACCCCCCACACCCAGAACACAAGAGCUGGAUGAAGAGGAGAUAGCGUAUCGCCUGCGUCAGCAGCAACGGGAGUCGGAGGAAGAUGCCAGGUGGCUGAGGACCGAGGAGAAGAACUUGCGGAGAGAGAAGUGGGCAGUCCAUAAAGUCCGUCUUGACGAUGACAGCGACAGCACAAAGGAGAACUCUCCACCUCUUCCACCGCCACUUAACAAGCCAGCACCAAGACUAGCCAGCCAGGCCUCCAGUGGGAGCAGAAGCAGCAGCACCAGUGACUCCACGGAUCUGGGAGGUCCAGUUGGGCAGAAGAUGGCGUCCAACCUUGACCGUACAAAUGAUUCCGUGUACCAGAGCACCACCAACGUGGUGCGGUCAGUAAUGGCCAUGACCAAGGCUGCACCACAGGUCAAGUCGGAGGAUUAUGUAGAUUUAGUAAAGACUGUCGGCCUGCAGCUUCGUAGCCUCCUCGCUAGUGUAGAUGAAACACUCCCCCAUCUUCCCCAAGACAACCACAGAGAGAUUUCUAUGGCCCAGAAAGUGCUAAGUACAGAUAUGGCAUCCCUCAUCAGUGCAAUGAAGCUAGCCCAGGAAUAUAGUGCUACGACCUUGGACUCGGACUAUCGAAAGGGCAUGCUUAAAGCUGCUCACUGCCUAGCCAUGGACUCGAAAAAUCUUUUAGAUGUUGUGGAUACAGCAAAAAUGAAAGGCAGAAUGGAAGGCAUUAGCUGAUUUUCUUGGAGACAAUAGUGAUUGGAUUAAGCUCCCUUUGAAACCAAAAUGGCAGCAAACUGUUUAUCUGUUGCUAUGGAGAUAAAGCGCAUGUUGUCAUAGCAACAUAUGGGCAGUUUGAGUUGAGUUUUCUUCUGGAUGGUGCAUGUUUUCAACGAGAAGGAAUAGCUGUUAAUUACAUUAAUCUUCAGACAGAAUAUUCACCAUGCUUCACGUCAAGACUACAUUCUGUCGCUAAGCUGAAAGCUGAUGGAUCAAUUCUGCGCCCAGUCAGUGUUAUUGAAUUGGUUCGUAUUUGUGAAAAACAGCUGCAUCUCUUGAAAAAUCUUAACUGGCAGAAUUGUUAAGAAUUAUACAUGUGUAUCCCCUUAAAACAUACAUAGUGUUUUGAAGGCAUUGAACAUGUGCAUGAAACACCCUAGGACUGUUUGGUUGUUAUGACAUGUAAGUAUAGUACAGUUAUAUAUGUGUUUAAUUACGUAGCUACAGUUCUAUCAGUUUAUCGCUGCUGUUGGUGAUGUUUCCAAAGAGUUUGUUGAAGUUUGAUGUUUAAAAACAGUUGACUGUUACAAACCGAUGCCGAUAUAUCAUUCAGAAAAAGGCGGAAUGUUUGGUUCUGAAGUAGGUAAAACCAGAAAAGGUUUGGGUUUUAAGACGUAGGUAAAGUUUAGAGAAGUAGUUUGUGUUUGCAGGUUGAAUCCAGUCUUGUGCCAUUUAGAAAGUAGGUAUUGUUCAGGGUCACAGUUUAACAGAUCAUGUUAUGAAAGAUCUCUUUUGAAAUUAUUGUGAAUGUAUUCAAAAUGUCCAUCAUCAUAUUCAUCAAUUAGUUCAUACUUCGUUUCCAAGAACAAAUGUGACAUCAUUUGUGUCCAGGGUUAAAUUUUGUACUUACUUUCAACUUGCACAAAAAUGUGUAAGAUGUCCAAAAGCAUGAUCUCAGUGUUAUAGAAUUCAUCAGUGAUGGGUAAUCCACACAAGUUAUUAAGGACGAGGUGACAAUGAAGGAGGAUGAAUGAAUAAGGCUUAAAAAAAUAAAAGAAUUGGUUCUCAGGCAAUGGUUUUUUAAAAUAUAGUGCGGGUGGGCGGUGUCUUUUUUUUUUUUUUGGUUGUUCAAACUAGUAUGUAACCAAUAAACAGUUAUGUAAUCAAUAAACAAUUGUGUACAAUCAACCUGGGAAAGGGCCUCCCUAUAUAAAUGUAUUCCUUGAUGAGUAAAAUACUGGAAUACAGUAUUUGACUACCGUUGGACAUGGAAUAUUUAAGGAUUUUUUGUGUUUUUCUUAAAAAUGGAAAUAAAAAUGAAACAUGCGGCGAACUUUAUGAUGAUGCGGGCGGUGCCUGAGAACCAAGACUUCUUUUCUUUUUUUUUAGCCUAAAAGUCUUAGUGUAAUCAACCUUUUACAUAAAGCAGUAACAAAAUGUUAUUUUAGUUUCAAAGAAAAUACACUUUAAACAACAAAUUGUGGUUAAGAAUAUGGUACCUACCUACUCCUCGAUAAUCAUGUCUGUCAUUGAUGUCAAUAUCUGCAAUACCAUAGCUGCUUAUAUGAUAUGAAAUAAAAACAGUUUAGCAUUGGUGGCCCUUGCGUAACAAGAGCUGCAAUUCGCUGUGCAGAGUUGUGUCCCUUGGGCAUGCUGGAAACUAUGAUCCUGGGUUUGAAUCCAGGUUUGCCUGAUUAUGUUUAUGUGUUUGUCAGUACCAUACCCGUGCUCGUGGGUUUGACCAAAGUGGUAAACAUCUCAGACAUGCGUCACAGGGGUCUUUCCUCCCACUUUAAGCUGACGCGCCGUAAUAUAACGCGAAUACUGUUCAAAGCAGCAUUAAACACAACUCACUGAGGCAGUUGCUACAAUAAAUCCAAGUGGACCGGAACUAUUAUUUAUACAAAGUUAUGAUGGACAUCUUUAUUGAAAUGUUUUUGUUGACUUCUGAUUUUUGAACUUCUUUCCAAGGUAGUUUAACAUUUGAAUACAUAUGAGUACAUAUACCCGCUGGAACAAACUAUACGUAUUCCGAGUUCGAAGUUAGGAGGGACAGCUGGGAAGAUGAUACUUGUCACUUGCUGACGCUUACAAAUAGUUUUUGGAACAUGGUUUAUUCUUUUGUGUACAAGAAUACAUGUUGCCAAGUUGUAACAUCAUGUUGGAAAAAUUGUAUUUGACACCACUCUUUGACCACAAUGAGUAUGGUCUAGCCAUUGUAUUGGAGUAUCCUACUUAGAGAUUGGGUGAAGAUGUCAAACUUUUAUUUACAGAUCUUAUGUUUUUUUCAGAAAUUUCAUUAAGGUUAAUUUUGACCCUACUGGAAUUAUUUGUUCUAAAAAUCAUUUAUGAAACUUCUUAAAAGAAAGUAAAUGAAAUUCACAGUAUGGGAAUUGUCUUAUCUUGGAAGCAGUUGGUAGUUGUGUCUGAAUCAAAUCAAGAUGAAUCAAUAUUGGGGUUUGUGGAGAGGGUGGAAUGGUAAGCUGAAUGUAACACAUUCGCUAUGUUUUUGUAGAUUUAUUUCUCAUAGUAUGAGAAUCGUGAUGCAUGGAUUUGCAGUUCUCAGGAAGAGGUGUCAAAACAUAUCUGAAUGUUCAGUUUCCAACUAGAUUAUGCUGAAGCAUCUGUGCAAAUAAUUUGGAAAAGAUGCAUCUAUAUAAAUCAGUAUUCAAAAUGGUUGAGAUAACUUCAAAUCAAACACCUUUGUAGCUUGAAGGUCAUGGUCAAAUGUCAAAGCCUGUUCAACUAGACAACAAUCUCUUAAUUGAAUACACGAUUAUAAGAAUGAUUCAUAAAAAUAGCAAUGUCCUUAUUUAUAUACCUGUAACAGAUAAAUAUCUGUGACAUAAGGGUACUACUCAACUUUUGAUAAGGAUAUUCAGGGAGAGUCGAUGUGGGUGACUGACGGCUGGGAUAUGUUGUCAUACAAACGGUAUUCAAUUUUGUCAUGGAACAGAAGCCAUGUCCCAGGGAUCCGGAAACCGGUCUGUGCGCCGGACUUGUCCGAUUGUGACUGCAAUAUGUCAUUGCAUAUCUCAGCAUUAUUUCAAGUUGUUUCAACAGUUCAAUAAGUUGGUCACAUUUUACGUAACACUUGGGAAUAUCUCUAUAUCCCUAUCAAAUGUUGAGAGGUAUGUGUGAACAAUCUGUGUCUAGCAACUAUACAGUAGGACAAGUAUGUUUCCGAGACACGGUCGUGUUGACCACCUUUGCAAAUAUACUUGUCAACUUGUGUCAACUUGAAAUGAGAGACUUCUGACUAUGACUUCCGUAGUAAGCAAAUCCUACCCGCGUCUACUAAUGUAAAGUAUUGUUUGUGUACAUCUCCUUAUUUUAAUGUAUUACAUAUUGUUAAUAUAUUGUAUGUUUUGUAUAUUUUGUUUAAGUUCUAUAAUUAUUUUAAGAAGUUGAUAGCUAACAUAACCCUCCUGUACAUGUACUGUCCCCUCAACAAGGAGGAUUCUGGGAAAAAUUUGAGGACACCCAAGUCGUAAUCCAGUUGAAAUGAUAGAAACAGUUUCUGUUUUGUACUUGGAUCUAGUGGAAGAUUUCAAAAGGACAUGCAUUUGACCUAUGGUGUUGUUUGGAUGUUACUACACAUACAGGAACUAGUUACACAGUAGCGAAGUAAGGAAAAAUAAACAAACUACUUUGCCGAAGUCGAAGUAGACACAAUUUAUGGAUAACAAGUUCUAUAAUAUUCUAUUAUGGCAUCAUUUUGGUGUAAACUCUUAUACCAUUGUUUAGCAAGACUCCGCAAGAAAACUUGUGAAUAAAAGAUAUGCAUGUCUUGGUUGAUAUUACAAUGAUAACGCUUUAAGGUUCAUUGGGAAAUGUUGCUAAUAAUAUAUUAAAGGACUUAUCCAUAAGUUGUCACCCGUCAUCUGUCAACUUCUAAGAAAUGCCAGGGGCGGUCGGGUAGCCUAGUGGUUAAAGCGUUCGCUCGUCACGCCGAAGACCCAGGUUCGAUUCCCGACAUGGGUACAAUGUGUGAAGCCCAUUUCUGGUGUCCCCCGCCGUUAUAUUGCUGAAAUAUUGCUAAAAGCGGCGUAAAAUCAUACUCACUCACUCACUAAGAAAUGCCUAUCUAGCAAUUUACCCAAAGUAUUGUGUGUAUUUGUCAGUUAGGACAAAGAGGAGUCUUGUUUGUGGUUUCUAGACUUGAGAUAAAUUGAUGCGAUGAAAAAUAAAUGUGCCCUUGACACAUACUGUAAUAAAAUACCCAGAAUAAUAACAGGAUACUCGUGGAUAAAAGUGAUGUAUGUGGAAAUGACAAAGUUAGUGAUGGCCUAAAAAGAAAAAUAUAUUUAGUGAGCUGAUUGCCAAAUUACUUUCUUCAAACAUAUUCUGAUGUCAUAUAAAGUAUUCCUCUGUAGCCAUGGAGGUAGAAAGGGGAAAUAGCUUUGGCUUGUUUUAACUAUUAAAUAUCAAUAGUUUCAAUAUCAGAAAUUUGGAAAGAAUUAUAAAUAAGAAAUCAUAGGGAAGAUACAAGAAUUGUAUGUCUAUAUCAGCAUUUUUCCAACUGCUGAUUUUUUGUUAACAUUUUGUCAAGGUUGAAACUGUAGAUUUGCAUGAUGACUGUAGGUAAGGUUUUGGAUGGUGUGUAAGAAUGAUUAUGUUUAGACAUAGGAGAUUGAUUAACACAGACAAUGAAUGCUUUGAUGGUUGUGAACAGAGUAGAUACUCAUACGGAAGAAUGCUCAGUUCCAUAUUUUUUAAAAGGACAUAUUUUGCUAAAGAUUGCUAUAACGGAUUGAGAAAUUACCACAUACAGUUUCAACUGGGUAAUCAAGAUAUACCUUAGCUUUAUCAAUGUCAUGCUUAUUGAUAUUUGUUAUUGAAGUUCUGAAAUGUCUUGAAAUUUUACAUUUUCUACACUAUUUAUACAAACAAUGUUAAGACUGUCAGUUCAUUGUCAUGUAUAUUACAAAUCUGUUUGGAAGAUGAUGUUGAUUUCUCUGAUAAUAUGGCAUUUGAAAAAUAUAGCUUGAGUCUGUUGAUAGGAUGGUGCUGAUAUAUGUACUCUAAUGCAUUUAUCUCUUAUAGGGUUAACUAUGCUGAAAUGCUUAAUGGCCGAUCAUGGGGACCAUCUCAAGAUAAUAAAUGAAACAAUAAAUUAUAUAUGUCAAAGUAACAUUUCUUGUUUGCAUUGUCAUUUUAUAACAUAUCAAAGUAUUUAUGAACGAUACAUCAAGCUUUAGAACAUGUUGAUAUUUGGGUUUGAUUUCAAAUGUUUUGAGAUGGUCCUUGUAUCUCUUUGUCUUCUAUUCCUCAUUGAUCCUUUCUCUGCCAACUCUUUCCUAAUGUACAACUCAGUCCUUCUUGACAUUGUACAUACUCAUUAUAGAUAUUUUCAUAUUGUUUUCAUCCCAGCUUUCAACUUGUCAUGUAUUGUAAAUAAGCCAAAGCCAAUAAAAUAUUACAAGAUG